AUGAACCUGACCAAAGAUGCAAGCGAAAGCAUCGUUGCAGCUUCAGACAUCAAACAUGUCGAAGCCAUUGAAGUUGACGAAACGGAGGCGCUCUUAGAAAAGCGCCUGCGUCGAAAGAUUGAUCUGCGACUCAUCCCCAUUCUUAUCAUCCUCUUUACAUUCUCUCUCAUCGACAGGAAUAUCAUCGCUACCGCCAGGGUCGCCGGGAUGGGUACGGACCUCGAUCUUGUGGGGAACAGAUACUCCGUUGCCCUACUAGUCCUCUUUCCUCUUUACAUCCUCAUUGAAAUUCCAACCAAUCUGAUACUUCGACAAAUAAGCGUCAAAGGCUUCUUCUUCGGUAUGGUGUUUUGCUGGGGUACGGUGGCUAUGUGUCAUGCCUUUGUGAAGACAUUCUCACAACUAGUGGCGGUCAGAGUUCUCCUUGGCCUCUUUGAAGGCAGCUUUCAAGUUAGUAAAACUAUAGCCUUCUUGGUCUUUACUAAUCCAAAUCUUCAGCCGGUCUGUAUCUAUCUCGUGUCUUCGUGGUACACGAGAUACGAAACACAAAGGCGCCUUGCGUUCUGGUUUGCGAUGGGUCAACUCUUCGCAGCGUUCUCCGGCAUCCUGUCAUACGGACUAAGCACAUUGGACGGUAAUGCAGGACUCGAGGGCUGGCGAUGGAUCUAUCUUGUCCCAGGAUUGAUCACCGUGGGUCUUGCAUUCCCUGUAUGGUUUCUAGUUUGCGAAUUCCCCGAGAAAGCAAAGUGGUUGAAACCUGAUGAAUUGGCUCGACUGAGGAGAUUGCUCGCAGAGGAUCGAGCGGAGAUUCUCGAAGAAAAGAUGACGAUAUCUAAGGCAAUCACAGCUUUUAGAGACUGGAAAGUUUGGCUACUGGCUAGUCUGCUGUUCUUCAUGACUUCUGCAGCCUACACGAUGAGCUUCUUCACACCAACUAUUCUCAAGUCUUUGGGAUACAACACCGCGAUGAGCCAAAUCCUUGUGACCCCGCCAUAUAUCGCUGCUUGUAUCGCAAAUAUCGCUACUGGGUUUCUCGCAGAUCGGGUUCGUAUGCGCAGCCCAUUCAUCAUCGGCCAUGGCCUUCUUACCAUGGUGGGUUUCGGCCUUAUUGGCUGGGGACCAAAUACUGGGGCGAAGAUGACCGGCAUCUACUUUUCGAUUAUUGGAUCUCAGUGUGCCAUUCCCUCGGUCUACACUUUCCUCGCAAACAAUGUGGUCGGUACAACUAAACGACAAUUGGCAGUGCCGCUUCAAACUGUCUGGGGCGGAAUAGGUGGCAUUGCGGGCUCGGUCUACUUUCGACAACAAGACUAUCCCAAAUACCGACCUGGACUAUAUGCAUCAUUCACAAGUCUGUCUAUCUGCUUGCUUGUUACAUCUUUUCUCGUCCAUUAUUUCCAUAAAGAGAACAAGAAGGCUGAGGAAGAAGGCAAGAUUUUGGAGGGCGCGGAGAACUUUCGAUACACUCUUUGA